AUGAGUCAAACAAAGCCAUCAGCCGCUUCAACAAUUACCCAAGCACAAACCAUUGUCGAUACACAAACUGUAGAGUUCGACAAGGAUUUUAUCAGCAAGAUGGAGAAUGCUCCUCACGUAAGCGAGGUUAGCAUUGAUGCCAUGGUUUUGCUCAAGAUGAUGAAUCACUGUACCGAAAAGGUUCCUAUUCAAGUUGCUGGUCAACUUUUAGGAUUAGAUAAUGGUGGUGUGUUGGAAAUUACGAAUUGUUUCCCAUUCCCAUCAUAUAGUGAUAACUUGACUGAGGAGGAAAGAAGCGAUCAAGAUGAAAAAUAUCAAAUUGAAAUGUUGCAAGGUCUUUCCGAUGUGAAUGUUGACAACAACACUGUCGGAUGGUAUCAAUCUACAUAUAUGGAUAGUUUUAUGAAUGCUACAACAAUUGCCAACCAAUAUCAAUAUCAAAGAACUCUUGGAAAUAAGCGAUGCAUUCACUUGGUUUUUGAUCCAUUGAGAACAAGACGUGGCGAGUUAUUCAUCAAGGCAUAUCGUCUUUCUGACAAAUUUAUUGAUGCUGUUAAAAUGGCUUAUUUGCAACAAAAUGAGCUUUCCACAAUGAAAAAGAAAUAUGACAUCAAGAAUAAGAACAAGAAGGAAGAUAUUGAAGUGCUCACUGAAAAAGCCAACUUACCAGAGUCCAUUGAAAAAAUUCAACUCACACAAGAGAUUUUGGCUAAAUUGAAUCUUUCUGAUAAGGAUAUUUUCGAUGAGCUUCCCAUUCAAAUUCACAAUUAUGCCUUGGUACAAGCUUUCCUUUUAGAUUUUGAAAAUGAUGAACCUUCUCAUCUCUUGGCUGGUUAUGAUAGUUUGGAUAUGGCCAAUACUCAAUUCUUGACACGUGGAUUGGAGAGCCUUAUUGAAUAUGCCGAUGGUUUGUCACACGAAAAUCAUCGUUAUCAGACCUAUCAAAAGAAAUUGGCUCAACAAAAGCAAUACGUAGCCAAGAAGAAGGACAGAACACAAGAAGAGCAAGAAUUUAUGCUCAAGUCUGUUCAACAACCAGACCAAUUGAAUUAUUUGAUGAUUGCCAACCAGUUGGGUAAUGCUUGUGACCAAAUGCGAGCCUUCUCUUCUCAAUCUCUUAAUCUGAGCAAAAUUGCUGAAAUUGCAAUGAAAAAAGAAUAA